UCACCACCUCCCCCUCCGCCCGGUGUGCAGUGAAGUGAAGCUGGUGCGGACGGGCUGUUUCCCAGUGAUCACUGCCCCGUAGCCGAGCAGCAGCAACAACAGGUUUGUGGCGAGGAUCGCCACCACUUCCCCUCAUGGAAGGCGCCGCCUGUAGAUAAGGAGUCAAGAGGACGGCAGAUCCGAGAGAAGAAGAGCCCGCAGCCAUGGUGGAGGUCACAGUGGAAUAUGACUACGAGGCUGCACAAGAGGAUGAACUUACCCUCCGAGUUGGUGAUCUCAUCAGGAAUGUAAGAAAACUGGAAGAAGAAGGGUGGUGUGAAGGGGAAUUGAAUGGAAAGAGGGGAUUAUUCCCUGAUAAUUUUGUCAAAGAAGUAAAAAAGGAUGCAGAUGCAAAAGAGGAAAGCCCAGUGACUAAACGAGAAAAAUCUGGAAACGUUGCCAAUCUUGUACAGCGCAUGAGUCAUUUUGGAUUCCCAAUUGUUGGUUUGCCAGCUCAACCAAAGUCUGUCAGAAGAAUCAAGUAUGGACGCUCAAGCGAAAGUUCUCUUCCUUACCGUGGGGGUGCUGAAUCGAAUGGUAACAACAGAAGGUUGAAGAAGAGGCAAUGCGAAACACUAUUUGAUUAUAUCCCUCAAAAUGAGGAUGAAUUGGAAAUCAAGACCGGAGAUCUUAUUGAAAUAAUUGAAGAGGUUGAGGAAGGUUGGUGGAGGGGAGUCCUGAACGAGAAAAUUGGGCUGUUCCCAUCCAAUUUUGUGAAGGAGUUGAUCGAUCAGGCAGAAGAUGGAGACUCCAAUGAGGUGUUAAGUGAACCAGAUGUGCCAGUCAAGGAUUUAAUUGGACUAGGACCUGCAUCACCGACAUCACCAACUGAACUCCCAGUGAAUGAGAGUCCAGGAGCUGGAACAACUGCCCAACCCAAGAAAAUCCGUGGUGUGGGAUUUGGAGACAUAUUUAAAGAAGGAUCUGUAAAACUCAAAUCAAGGUUAUCCAAUUCUGAUUUGGAGGAUAAAAAAUCAGACAAGCAAGUAACUCCAACCAGUAAUGCUGAGGCUGUGAAACAUGAACCAGAAAAUAAAAAUAAAGUUAAAGAAUUUUGCAAAGCAGUUUUUGCAUAUGAAGCAACCAAUUCUGAUGAACUUAGCUUUAAGGAAGGAGAUCACAUCCUGCUGACAAGCAAGGAUACAGGGGAUAAGGGAUGGUGGAGAGGAGAACUAAAUGGCAAGCAAGGGGUCUUCCCAGACAAUUUUGUGGUUGUAAUUGCAGAAACUGAAAGAGAGGUUAUUGCUGUUCCCAAACCGUCAGCAAAAUUAUCUUCAAAAUCAGAACUUGAUGAUAAACCAAAAAAAACACUGUUAUCAACAAAAGUCCAAGCCUCAAAACCUGAACCACCAUCUGCUGAGAAGAAGCUUGAACUUAAAAAAGUCCUUCCAGACACAACUGACUCUGUUUCUUCAAGGAGUGAAGCAAAAGAUGAUCAGAAGCCAACAAAACCAACCGCCCCAAUGGUACCACCUAAAAAGCCCAGCCUCCCUUUGAAAGGUCAUCCUUUUCGAACAUCUGUGCCUCCUAGACGACCAGAGAAACCCUCAGUGCCACUGCCUUUAUCCAAAAUAAAUGGAGAGGUGCCUUACAAUCGAUCUAAGUCUGAUGUUGAAUCAGCUGUGCUUAAACCAAAAUCUGAGAUGCAGUCGUCAAUCAUUCGACCAAAAUCAGAAGUUGAAACUGACAAAGCUCCUGAAAUAGAUCUCAUGAGCUUUGACUCUGUAGAACCUUCUGGUGAGAAACUUAGUCAUCCUACAGCUAGCAGACCAAGGAUGCCAGGGAGGAGGCCACCCAGUGUUUUUGUUGCCAGUCACCCUGGUUUGGGUGAGAGCCAUUCAGAUAAAAUCUCAAAAAUGAUCAAAGAAGAGGAAGAUGAAGAAAUUGCCAAACCAAAGUCUUCUGAGAUUGUUAAAAAGCCAUCAUUGAAACAGAAUACUGGAGUAACGAAUUUGACUGAGCUGAAAGAUAUAACUGAAAUGCCCAAUAGGAGCAAAACAACAAUCGAAGAUCUUAAGGCUCAAAUGGCUGACCUAAUGGCAUUUGUUGAGAGACUAAGGACUGAACACAGGAAAGAGUUAACCGAACUAAGGAAUGACUUUGAAGAAGAGAAAAAGCAGCGUGCUGCCUUACAGCUGGAAAUAGAUAAACUGAAGAAAGCUGUGCAAUCUACGUGAGCUAUAAUUCCUUCAGAUUUGAGACAACUUACUAAGAUUCAAGUUGUUCCAAAUAACCAGGAAAAUCAAUACUUCAAAAUACUUCCCCUUUUAUGAUAAUCAUUGCCCUAUAUUAAAUGACAGAUAUUAUGAUAUAUCUUUAUAAAGCUGGGUAUAAUUGUAUGAUGUAAAUUUUUAGCCAGUAAGAUUUUUUGAGGCCUUAUCUGCUAUUAUGCUGAAUUUGCAGACUGCACAUGGUGAAUGUUUAGUUUGCUUCCUGUACUACUGAAUCUGUAUAAAGGGGUCAGAGAUUUUUAAGAUGUAGUUUAAUUUUUUUAAAUGAACCAGUGCUGUUUGUAGUUUUUGCAAAACAGUAAGAUUGCCAUCUAGGCAUUUUCUGCUAAAUGGGAAGAAAGAACUUAAUAGAUCUUAGUUUUAUUGUUCUACAAAGGAAAGGAAAUUUUGAUUUGCUGUAUACAAUUUAUUUUAGCUUUCCUAUCCAGGAUAAACACUAUUGUGCCUGAAUAAAGCCUUCAUUUGCAAGUAUUCAGUGAAUAUAUAAAGUUGGCAUUUUAAGGGGCAAAGGAAUGUGAACUGGUGACCAAUUCCCUAUGCAAAGUAAAGCUAUGUAUUUUCAUAUUGAAGGUUAUAUAAUAUAAUUUAAAUGUGCAUUUACACGUUACUUGCAAUAAAGGGAGCUUUUGACCCAAAACAAAGGGUCUGAGGAAAUGGGCAAACAAACGUAUCUUUAAUAUGUUUACUUUGAGGAAUUAUGGUUCAAGAUUUCUUUUUUUCUUCUUUCCCCAUUUACCUAUGGUCCUCUCUACAUUCAACUGAUAAAAAUGCAGUUAGGAAUCUACAUUUCUGAAGAGGUGGAUCAACUCAAAGUUCAUUUGCAUUUACAUGGAACCAUUUGCAUCUAAAGAGGUUUCAUACCUGAUACUGGGGACUGGUUGCCAACAGUCCAUUACUGCAAUACAAUUAGUUACAAGUGAUCAUGAAUGACAAUCAUUUAUAUUACGAUUUCUGUCUGUGUUGUUACACACCUUUACAGAACACAGUGCAGUGCAUUGUUAUGUAAAACUAUUGGCUUUUCUUAGCAUUCUGCUCCCUUUCAAUCCUUUCACUUUUCUUGUUUACACACGACUUAAUAAAAUGAAAAAAAGUAAUACAUUGUUUAUAAUCCAUGGCUGUAGCCUUUAUUAUCAAGAUUUCUUAACAAUUUUAAGUGUUGUGCGAUUUAUUAUGCAUACUUAUUUUAGGUUUUGGCUAACCAAAUUAUUUUUUAAAAGAUUGCUUUCACUAAAACAAAUCAUUUUAUUGUUGUUUGCUCACAAACUGACCUGGAAUAAUUUUGAAAACUUAUUUUUAAUUUUGUUAAUGCAAAAGCAUGAUUUAUUUUGCAUAUUAAAUUAAUUAUCCCUUUAUAUUUAAAAAAACUACCGCAUAUUGCAUUCAAGCAUUCAACAAAGGAGAAAAAGGCCAUUCAGCCACUUGAAACUACUCAGCCAUUCCAUAAGAUUGUGACUGAUCUGUCUGUGUUUUGAGGUCUGCAUUCCUAUCUACUCUGUAAUCUUAGAUUCUGUUGCAUAACAGCAAUCUAUCUACCUCUCCCUUAAAAGUAUUCAAUGACUUUUGCAUCUACUGGCUGUGAGGCAGAGUUCCAAAGUUGCAUGACCCUAAGAGAAUUUAGUUUUCCUCCCCUUGGUCUGAAAAGGAUUACCUCUAAUUUUGAAACUGCACCUCUCAGUUCUGGACUUCACCCACAAAAAGAAAUAUUCUUUCCAUGUUCACCUUGUCAAAACCAUUGAAGAUCUCAUGCACUUCAAUGAAGUCACCUCUCACACUUUUAAUUACAUUGGAGACAAACUCAACCUGUUCAGUCUAUCUUCCUAGGACAGUCUGAUUGAUUGCAGGUAUUAAUCUAGUAAACAUUGAAUUACCUGCAAUGCAUUUGCAUCUUUGUUCUUGCGGCACAGUAGUAGUGUCACUACCUCUGAGCCAGGAGGCCCUGGUUCAAGUCCAACUUGCUUCAUUUCUGAACAGGUCGCUUAAUAAAUUUUAAAAAAAGAGACUUAAACUGCAUGUAUUUGAGAUUUUGGUUCACCUUGUAUAUCUGAAGUUACAACAUUUUACUUUUAUAAUGAGAGGAAUUAAACAUAAAAGGAUCGCA